GCCGUUGCGUUGCGUUGGUUGCGUGUCGUUGGUUGCGUGUCGUUGCGUUGGUUGCGUUGCGUGGGUUUCCCGGAUGGAGCAGCGUCGCCACCGCCAUCUUUUACGCCCGUGCUGCCGGUGGGUGUUUCAGUUCAGCGGAGAGCGACCGUGCUGUUGCUGAUCCACCACCACCAACACCACCUCCUCCUCCACCUCCACCCCUUUUUAGAACCACCGCCACCGCCGCACCCGGAGCACCAUGGCGGACAGAGAGAACUCGGUCUACCAGGCGAAGCUGGCCGAACAAGCGGAGCGAUACGACGAAAUGGUGGAGUCGAUGAAGAACGUGGCCAGUAUGGACGUGGAGCUGACGGUGGAGGAGAGGAACCUGCUGUCUGUAGCGUACAAGAACGUGAUCGGGGCCAGAAGAGCGUCCUGGAGGAUAAUCAGCAGCCUGGAACAGAAAGAAGAAAAUAAAGGCGGGGAAGAUAAACUAAAGAUGAUCCGGGAAUACAGGAAAACGGUCGAGAAAGAGCUGAAAUCAAUCUGCAACGACAUCCUGGAUGUACUGGACAAGCAUCUCAUCUUAGCUGCAGUCACAGGAGAAUCUAAGGUUUUCUACUACAAAAUGAAGGGAGAUUACCACAGGUACCUGGCAGAGUUUGCCACGGGCAACGACAGGAAAGAGGCAGCAGAGAACAGUCUGGUUGCCUACAAAGCUGCUAGCGACAUCGCCAUGAUCGAACUCCCUCCAACGCACCCCAUUCGUCUGGGACUGGCCCUUAACUUUUCUGUUUUCUAUUAUGAAAUCCUCAACUCGCCAGACCGCGCUUGCAAGUUGGCGAAGGAAGCGUUUGACAAUGCCAUCGCAGAACUGGAUACGCUGAACGAGGAGAGCUAUAAGGACUCAACACUUAUCAUGCAGUUGCUACGUGACAACUUGACACUAUGGACCUCAGAUGCGCAGGGAGAUGGUGAAGAACAGAACAAAGAUCCACCGCCGCAAGAUGCGGAGGAAGAGACCCAGUGAGACUGAACAAGACAAGUCCUCUUCCUCCUACCCAUCCUCCCUUUUUUCCUCUCCUCCCAGCACUAGCUCCUGUCCCCAGCCACAGUUUUCAAUUGGGUUUAUACUGCAGCCCACUCUCCUCCUCUUCCCCUCCCUCCAUUUCUACCCAUGUGUCUCGUCCUUUCUCCUCAUAUGCAUGUCAUGUCCCAACCCCCCACCGGGCCUGAUCGGGUCUCCGUUUCCACUUACCAGGAGUUGUACCUUAUUUUUGAUGACUCAUUUUGCAAGCCCGUACCCUUCAAGGUUCAUCUCCUCUUUUACUGUUUUUUUUGUUUUUUGUUUGUUUGCUUUACUUUGCUGUAUCAUCUGUUGCCAAGUACGCUUGCCUGUAUUUGUAACACACAUAUGCAAGAGUUUAUUUAAAGACAAUACUUAGCUGUUCAACUUUUUCCUGUAUUUGUGUGUUUCUAAACGGUAUAUUGUCCAUGCAGUCAGUCAGUUUUGAAAACAUUUCGGUUUGCAAAUUGAGUAAAAUAAAGCGGCGAUGAAAGAUUUAAAAGGGAUGUGUGAAAGCUUUUUGGAAGAACUAAGUGCCCUCUUUACUUUGUGGUUACCAAACCUGCCCCUUCAACACAUCAACUUUUUUUUUUUUAUGACAAAUAGCAGAAUGUCCCCUUUCUCCAAGCAUCACUCUGACCUCUAUUCUUGUCCAUUCUCGGACCAAGUAACGUGCUGCGAGGCUGUAGCGCUUUUGCUAAUGGCAGAUAGUUAGGUAAUGGCUUUUUUGCAGACAAAACGUGUGUUCGUGUGCGUGGGAGGGGAAUGCUCAACACUAUUGAUUGUAAUAUAAUGCAGUUUUGCAUUGGCACCAUAUUAAAAAAAAAAACUAAAAAAAAACCAAGUUUGGGAAAUAGAGACCUGCUCUAUCUUUACUGUCCUGACUAUUUCAGGUUUCCUCUUCUCAACUCUUGUCUUUCCUACUCCUCGUUUUCCUCUCUUCAUUCUCUUCGGUAUGUGUAACGUGAAUCUGAUUUGUACUACUGGAUAUUCUAAACGGAGCCACAAGUACCGUCUGUAUUCUUACUGAAACACAGCAUGGAAUUAACAUUAAACUUCAAAUUGAAAAAUGUUAAAU